AUGAGACUGACAGUCCCUUUUGUUGCGCUUUGCGCAGCCCCUUCUGCCAUUGGCUUCAUCUUGCCAGACAGCUUCAAAGACCUCGCCCACAGCAAGCUUGAUCCUGAGUCUACUCACUCCAAGGACUACGAUCACAUUCUUGACCUUUCCGACAAGAAUGAGGAGCAUGAUCAUGGUCUUGCUAAGCACAAGCUCAAGACUCACAAGCAUAAGCACAAGCAUCUUCACCCCCAUGAGCAUAUCCACCACGACUACCACAAACAUCCCAUCAAGCCUUGCCAUAUCCUGACUACGGAGAGGACCUGCAAGGACUUCCAUGGACUCACCGACGAGGUAGAGAAGGUGGUUCAUGUUGUCCAGACCAGGGACUGUGGUAAUGAUGAGCAUUGCUGGCACGAAGUCGUCAAGUACAUCUACGGGCUUGAGCACAGCCUUGACUUGUACGACAAGCACAUCGACAAGACUACCCUCCGCAAGUGUUUCAACUGUGACCAGGAGGCCACCAUUGUUGAGUGCUACUACGACUAUGCCGAUGCUCUCAUCCGCCUCCUCAAGGUUCUCAAGCACAAGAGCAAGUACCUCGAGGGUGAGGUCGACCGUCCUGUCCUCACUGCUAUCAACAGUCUUCGUGUCGCCAACUACGCAUUGACUUAUGAGUUUGGCCGCCGCAUCAACUGCAAGGAAACUCUCAAGGACAUCAUGGAGAAGCAGGGUGCCAACGACGGCAGCACCAAGGGCAGCAUCCAGCAGGCCUUUGAAAAGUUCAUCUACACUCCCCUGAUCACUGGUGAGGACUUCAAGAACAAGGGCUCCUACGAGAGCUCAGAGAGCCGCCGCGAGAAGAAGUUCAAGGACGAGGAUGAAGAGGAGGAGGAGAGCGGGUACAAGAAGGACAAGGUCCACAAGCACCAUCACGAGCAUUUCCAUGGCCACAAGCAUGGCCACGGCCACGAGCACAAGCAUGGCCAUCUCCAUGGUCAUCUUCACGGCCAUAAGCACGGCCACGAGCACGAUGAGCACAAGCAUGACUACGAGCAUGAUUACGAGGACAAGCACGAGGAUGAGCCUCACUACAAGCAUCUGAACGUGCGUGGCUACAGGGACACUGUUUUCCAAGACAAGAACACUUACUCACAAGGCCCCAGUAACGAUUACUACUUCGAGGAGCCGUCCAGGGGUUACCGUGGCAAUUGUCCGGUGCAGCCGCAGAGGGAGGAGGACCGUCGCUUGGAAUGGCAGAAGAAUAAUCCGCUCCCUUUGUACGGGGAUGUCGUGUUCCAGCCGCGUGAGGACCGUCGCCAGAACUAUCGCCAGAACUAUCGCCAGAACUACCACCAGAGCUACCCCGAUACCUAUUCUGCGAGUUGUCCCGAGAGGUUUCCCGAAAGGUAUCCUCAGAGUUACCCUGAGAGUUAUCCCGAGAGGGAUCAUGCUCCCGAGUGGUUUUCUCCUGAGCGCAGUCCUUACAACCACUACCACGACAGCCAUGGCCGGGAUUAA